AGUUCCAUUGUAGUGGGAACAACCUGGCAUGUCAGUAAUGUUUCGGUUACUGAUUCAUGGAACACCAAUAUAUGUUAACAUAUACUGUCUUGUUAUACAGCAUUAAAUCAAAAUGUCAUCAUCAUCACAAUCAUCCUUCUCUUUACCUGUACAUGACUGUACUGCUCCUUCAUUGGACUUUGAUCUUCAGAAAAAGGUUAUUCUUCUUCACACUGUUGAGUUAAACAGUAAAAUCAUUGACACUUGGAUGCAGGAGUUAAGUGAAACUGAAAUUCAGAAUACUAAUCUCAGGAAAAAAAUACUUGAAAAGGACAAACAGAUUAAAGAACUUUCGUCCAUCCUUCAGUGUGAAAAAAUCAACGUACAGAAAGGAGAUAACCUGUCAAGAUCAGUACAGGAAGUACAAGUUCACCUGCAGUGUCAAAUUAAAAGAAAAGAAGCAGAAAAUGAUGAAUUAAAAGUGAAAAUACAGAGUCUAGAAAAUAAACUAGCACAGUGGAAACGUCAAAUUGGUGAAUACAAGCGCCAGAAGUUAGCCUUAAAGGAAGCAAAUGAGCAAAAGAAGAUUGCCCUGGAAAAAGCAAUAAGGUCCCAGAAGCAAAGAGCUGAACAUUUGGAAGAAGUCAUGAAAGAUGUAACCUCUAAAAUAAGAGAACGUGAAGUCACACUGUGUGAGAUGCUGUCAGCCUCUGAUGUCUGGAAAAAACAGCACGAUAGAAUAGUUGAAGAAAAGACAAUGUUAGAAGUUCAAGUAGAAGAUCUUGAGAAGCAGACCAAAGGCCUGAUGGAAGACAUGGAAAGAAGAGAGGAAUGGAGAAGAAAUUCACAAGAGGAAAUUCUUGGGAAGCUAAAUUCUGUUAACUCUGAAAAUGAAAAGAUUCAUCUUGAAAACAAAAAAUUAAAGGCUUCCCUUGCUACAUUGGAGAAAAGUAAAGUGUCUGUUGAAUAUGAGUUGCUACAUCUGCAAGAAAAAGCAAAGCUGCAGGAAAACCUUGUAGAACAGCAUAAAAAUGAGGUACGAAAAAGACAAAUUGCAGUAGAAGAAUUGAAAUCCAGAUAUGAAACAGUCUUAAAUGAAAACAAAAAAUUAACAGAAAACAAACGCUUAGAAGCAGAUAAGGUGAGGGACCAAAUGGAGGCUGAGUUAAAGGAGUUAGAACAUGUUUGUGGCUUGCUGAAAGCAGCUGAGGAAAACCAGCAAAAGCUUCUGUUCUGGGAAAGGAUCUGUGUACAGAAAUGCAAAACCCUUAGGGAGCUGGAGCUUCAGGAUAACCACAGUGUAACUUCUAUGGGCAAUCUUUGCUUAGAAGAAGAGAUCUGUAACAUUCAGAAGAAAUAUGAAGAUCUUCAAAGGCAAUUAAGAGAGAUGGAAUAUCAGAAUGAAGAACUUGCUUAUCAGCUCAGAAAAGAAGAUGAGAGUCUUCAGAGCAGUAAAUUGCAGCUUGAAGAGAGAGUGGCAGAAUAUAAUGCAUUAACCACACAACUUGAAUGUGCUUUGGAAGAAGGGAGAAAAAUGGUAGCUGAAGAACAGGAAAAAAUGUCAUACAAAGAACAAGCCUUUCAGACAAAACUGCUACUUCUUGAAGCUGAAGUGAGAAAGAGGGAAGAAGAAAAAAAACAACUCCUCUGCUUAUUUCACCAUAAUGAAAAGCAUCAUGAAGUACAUUUGAAAGAGCUGGAGAACAGCCUACAGAAGUCAGAGAACAUGAACCAGAGCAUCCAGAAUUAUGUACGGUUUUUGAAAGAUGCAUAUAUAACAAUGUUUGGCUGAAUUCUUUAAUCUAUUUUAUAGCAAAGAAACUUGUCAAGAUUGGGUUCCCAGUCUUGUUGGAGGCAAAGCCAAC